CGCGUGAAUCCUAUCCAGUGAAGACAAAACACUGGGUGUUUUUCCUCCUUGAGCUGCCGCCAUGAUGUUGCGCUGUGUGGCAAGAAGAUCGUCUAGCUGGGUCAGAGCAACUGCUCGGCAUAGGCUGUACAGCACGUCGAUGGCCAAAAAUGAGCCUCCUCCACAAGUGGAGGUGUUUAUUGACGACCGGAGAGUCCUUGUGGAUCCAGGGAACGACCAUUCUGCAGGCCUGCGCGACUCUGGGAAUAGACAUACCUCACUACUGCUACCACGACCGUCUCUCUAUCGCUGGGAACUGUCGAAUGUGCCUCGUGGAGGUUGAAAAGAUGCCUAAACCUCAGGCAGCAUGUGCCAUGCCCGUCAUGCCAGGAAUGAGAGUCAAAACUUUCUCCGAAGCCACAAGGAAAGCUAGGGAAGGCGUGAUGGAGUUUCUGCUGGUGAAUCAUCCACUAGACUGCCCCAUAUGUGACCAGGCUGGAGAGUGUGAUCUUCAGGACCAGUCAAUGGCCCAUGGAAGCGAUAAAAGCAGAUUUGUUGACAUGGACUAUGGUGGAAAGAGAGCUGUGGAAGACAAGAACAUAGGUCCUCUGGUGAAGACGAUAAUGACCCGUUGUAUUCACUGUACACGAUGUAUCAGGUUUGGGAACGAGGUGGCAGGAGUAGAGGAUCUGGGGACGACGGGCCGCGGGGAGCACAUGCAGGUCGGGACCUACAUCGAGAAGAUGUUCCAUUCAGAGCUCUCCGGCAACGUCAUUGAUCUGUGCCCUGUAGGAGCACUCACAUCGAAGCCCUAUGCCUUCACGGCCCGACCGUGGGAACUCCGUCGCACCGAGUCAGUGGACGUUCUGGACGCAGUCGGGAGCAACAUCGUGGUGAACACUCGCAGCGGAGAGAUCAUGAGGAUUCUCCCUGCUCUCAACGAAGACGUCAACGAAGAGUGGAUAUCAGAUAAGACCAGGUUUGCCUAUGAUGGUCUGAAGACCCAGAGAUUGACAGCUCCAAUGGUCAAGGACAGUGCUGGGAAACUGCAGCAGUGCUCUUGGGAAGAUGCUCUCACUGAGGCUGGCAGGAAGUUGACUGAGACAUCGCCAGAUGGAGUGGCAGCCAUUGCAGGUCCACUGGCAGACGUGGAGUCUCUGGUGGUCCUAAAAGACCUCCUCAAUUCCCUGGGAUGUGAGAAUGUCUUCACUUCCAAUGCCUUCCCCAGCUCGGGCCCUGGGACUGACCUUCGCUCCAGUUACCUCCUCAACACCUCCAUCAGUGGGAUCGAGGAGGCAGACUUGUUGCUGCUUGUGGGGACAAAUCCACGAUAUGAGGCGCCUCUCGUCAACACCAGAAUCAGAAAGAGCUAUAUCCACAACGACUUGAAAGUGGCUCUAAUUGGACCCAAACUUGACCUGACUUAUGAGUAUCAGCAUCUUGGAGACAGUGCUGCAGUUCUGGCCCAAGUUGCAAGUGGGAAACACCCAUUCAGCAAAGAGUUUUCCGGGGCAGCUAACCCAAUGGUGAUUGUGGGGAGUGACGUGCUGCAGAGAACUGAUGCCGAUGCCAUCUACAGUGCCGUCGUAUCCAUUGCCAGCUCGGGAGCCAAGUUGGCCGACAAGGACUGGAAGACUCUCAACGUUCUACACAGAGCUGCCAGCCAGGUUGGAGCACUGGAUGUGGGAUACAAGGCCGGGAUCACCAAAGAGGGACUGAAGGGAAUCAAGUUUCUCUAUCUUUUGGGGGAGGAUUCCGGGGAGUUGUCACGUGAAGACCUCCCACCCGAUUGCUUCGUUGUCUAUCAAGGUCACCAUGGAGACCGAGGAGCCUACUUGGCAGACGUGGUCCUACCUGGAGCUGCGUACACUGAGAAGAAUGGGACAUACGUCAACACAGAGGGGCGGGUUCAGCAAACUAGGUAACACAGGGAAUUUUAUUUGUCUACGAGAUUCGACCUUGUGCUAGCGUAUUUAGUGGUUUUUUGCUACAUUAUUUGCUGCAGAGUGGCUGUAACCCCUCCUGGCAUGGCUCGUGAAGACUGGAAGAUUCUGAGGGCUUUAUCUGAGGUUCAGCAUACACUACCCUACAAUCGUGCAUCUCUACUGCAACUAAACACAUUCUCCCACAGAUUGCAGGGUACACUCUCCCCUAUGAUGAGCUGACAGAGCUGAAAGAGAGGCUGAGUGAGGUAGCCCCUCACCUGAUUAGAUACGACAACAUCGAACCAGCAAACUUCUUUUCCCUGACUGAAAAACUGAUGAAGUCUACUAAGGCAAGUCUAGGGGCUGGUCCACUGAAUGUAAAUCUUCAGAGCCUGGAAGACUUCUAUAUGACUGACUCGAUCAGUCGAGCUUCGCAGACCAUGGCCCGCUGUGUGGCUGCAGUCAAGGCAGACAAGGCUAAGAACACCAGCUGAGACUCACCAUUGAUUUGUACAUAAACACAUAGUGUAUGUAUGUACCACUCAUCGUGUAGGUUCGUGUGACCUUAUUUAUGUCUAUAUCGUGAGAGAGUGGAAACGAAAGCUAUUGCAGUUGGUACGUAC